AUGGAACCCCAAGCUUUCGUAGCACUGAUAGUUGGUGUCACUGGCAUGGCUGGGCUGAGUCUAGCCCAGGCCCUCAAGAAACCCAAUUGUCCUGGAGGCCCAUGGAAAGUUUACGGUGCGGCCCGCAGGUCUCAGCCCAUUUGGUUCCCUUCUACCGUCGUUGACCACUUCAUCACCUUUGACGCUGUCGACAGUUCCGACACACAAGUCAAACUCUCCCCUAUUGCGCAUGAAGUCACACACCUUUUCUGGAUCAGCUUGCAGGUUCGACAAGACGAAGAAGCCACCAUCAUUGUCAAUGAAACCAUGCUCCUCAAUGUUCUCACCGCCCUGAAAUCUUCCACGUCUUCAAAGCUGACCCAUGUAACGCUUCAGACCGGCACCAAACACUACAUGGGGCCAAUUUUCGAUCCGGUCCAUUCCACCCAACUCAUCUCCCACGAUCCACCCUUUCACGAGAACAUGGCGCGGCUCCCUUACCCCAACUUCUAUUACGCGCUCGAAGAUCUCGUUCAGUCCUACGCGCCGUCGCUGACGUACUCAGUCCACCGCUCCUCUAUUAUAGUAGGGGCGUCGUGCAGGAGUAUAUACAACUCGCUGGUAACCCUAGCUACCUACGCCGCAAUUUGUCGGCACGUAGGAUUGGCGUUUCGGUAUCCGGGGACGAAGUACACGUGGGAGCAUUUCUGUGACAUGACCGACGCCGGAGUGUUGGCGCAGCAACACGUGUGGGCUGCGGUUACCCCGGAGGCUAAAAACCAGGCAUUCAAUUGCACAAACGGCGACGUUUUUACGUGGAAGAGCAUGUGGAAGUUUCUGUCUGAACUUUUCGAUGUGGAAUUCGUGGCGUUUAAUGAAACGCUGGAGUUUGAUUUGGUGGAGCUGAUGCGUGACAAGGGUAGCGUUUGGGAGGCGAUUGUGGAGAAACAUGAGCUUCACAGCACCAAAUUGGAGGAAAUAACGUGCUAUGAAGCACUCCAAACAGUGCUUCGGUUUAAGUUUCAACAUGUGUCUAGCAUGAACAAGAGUAGGGAAUAUGGGUUUUUGGGGCACGUUGAUACGUUCAAGAGUAUCAGAUUUUGGGUGGAGAAGCUGAGACAGAUGAAAAUUAUACCAUCGUAUCAUCACUGA